AUGUUAGCCAGGUUGGGGCUCUUGUCGUGUUUGCUGCUCCAUGGAGUCAUGAAAUGCUCUGGUGCAAGCCUUGAGUCCCAUGCGAUGAAUUUUGUGCAGAGGAAGGCCCUUGCGCGAUUUGCUCCACCAUCGAUGCUUUCCUCAGCUGAGCACACCGGGGCCAAGCCCUGGGAUGUACACAAGUAUCUUGCUGUGGUACACCACAAGGCAGGUGUUUUUCUCAUGAUCACGUUAUGGACGCAAAUCUUCACGGCGCUUGGUGCAGUGGACAGCAACAUGGGUGUGUGGCAGCAGCCCUGCUACGCCAACACCUCUUGCCAGAACCCAGGGGCACCAAUCCAGUUCUGGAUCGACUUGUAUUCCCCUGCAAGAGCGCAGAAAGCUAGGGAAGCUGCAGGUCCUCAAGGUCUGCGUGUGCUGGGACCUGUGCGAGAUCCGGUGUCCAUGAUCGUCUCUGCCUACUGUUAUCAUCACCGUGGAAAAGAGCCAGGUAACAUCAUGUUCCCUUCAGACUUGAUGAUGUCUUUGGGGCCCAAAGAAGGUUUGAUCUUUGUAGCAGAGCGCAUGCUGCAGAUGGUUGAAAACAUGACGGGCGUGUUCGAGCAUCCGUCGAACGACACUUUUCGAUUGGACUUUGAGAAGGUCACUAGCUCCCCCGAGCUCUUCGACCAGGAGAUGGAGAAGGUGGUUGACUUUCUGUUCAAGGGCCUCAUAACACCAGAUGAGCGCAGUAAGGUUAUCAAUGGAACCAAGAUAGCAGAUUUGCGUCAGAAUCCAAGCUCAGGUGACCAUGCGAAUGAUCCCAUGUGCGAGGCAGAGGUUAGCAAGUAUGUGCCCAUGUUGCCGGCUACUCUGUUGGGGCGAUAUCGUUCUUUUCAGCAGAGGCUAGGAUAUGCAGCUGUGUAG